AUGACCAUCAUGUGGAUUGUUCUACUGGUUCUGGUUGUUCCUGGGCUUGCCCUGGAAUCGCACACGUCCUACACUACUUCGUUAGUUCGGUAUCUAUCCGAGCGAAGCUCGGGCAUCUUCGACUGCUGGUUCUACCAACUACGAGACGAUCCUUGGAUCGAUGAACUGCUUCAAUCCAGGGAUCUUGAGACUAUCCCGAAAAAGUUGAUAUCAAGUGAGGUAGUUGUACAAGUUGAUCGUCAACCAAAGAUGCUUUUGGUAUCUGGAGACUUAAAUCCAGUUUCGCUCAAGCAACUGUCCAAAUUCAUCGAAACCACCAACUUUGACGAAACCCUCAAGAUCAUCGUGCUCCAUCGAUGUCCAUCAAGAAAUGAUCUAGAAGCCUUGAACGCGAUCUUCACAGCCGCCAAACUGUUCAACGUUCUCUACAUCCGCGUGGACCAACUUCAGCUAGACUACCCGCAGCACUACCGCAAGUCCAUCGUCACCAUCAACGAUCUCAUACCCCCCGCUGACCUGUUCCCCGAUCAAACCCUGAAUCUCCACGGCCGGCUGCACCACGUCUCAAUAACAUCCGCAACCGUCGACGCGCGUAUUGUUGCCGAAGAAGGUGCCAGCCGAGGCUGCCUGAUCGAGUGGAUCAUCAACACGCUGGAGGCCGUCAACGGAACGUUCCACUUCUCCCAGAUCUUCUGCGAGGAACUCACCCCUGCGGAGUGCACCCAGCAGCAGCGCAUGCUCGAUGGCGUGACGUCGGUUGACUUUGCCGUGGACGUCAAGACGCUGACCGCGGUUGACAAUCGCUUCUUAAGCUCGACCUUCCCCGAUCAGUUCCUGGUGGUGGCUCCCCGCGGUCGUCGCCUCACGAUCUACGAAGUGUUUGCCAUCCCGUUCAAGCUGGAACUGUGGAUCAUGACCUUGGUGGUGAUUUGCUUCUUUCGUCUGCUGGCCUGGCGAUUCCCCCGCCUGUUCCAGAACGACCUGCUCCUGAUGGCGAUUUGUGGCUUCGAACGGAUGAAACUGUGGCACGUGUCCAAGCUGGAAAAGUUCACCUGCCUGGCGCUGUCGAUCGUGACGUUCAUGCUGUUCAGCGCGUACGAGGCAAAGAUCAUUACGUUCAUGACGAGCUUUCCGUACGCGCCAAGUCCGCGCACCUUUGACGAUCUUUUCCAGUCGAAAAUCAAGAUCUUUGUGCAGAACACCGAGACUUACGGGGCGACAAAUGAUCCCUGCUUUGACCAGGUCAUCCAGUUCAGUCCCCACGCGUGGGAUUACAUUGAUUUUAACAACAGAAGCAUCGGAUUUGGUGGCAGUUCGCGGCAAAUGUACAUGCUGGCUGAUCAUCCGCUCUACUAUGACUUCGACAAUAAACGCAACAAACUAGUCCUGCUGGACCAGUUUUCCUUGGGGACCUUCAUUCCGUUCCACUUUGUGGGGCAUAGGAAUCCGCUGAAGUCACGGCUGCAUCGAACGGAACAGGCCUUUCUCGAGAUGGGUUUGAUGGACUUUUGGACACGGACCUUGAUCAGGCAAGCUUAUGGGCCAAUGUAUAUGAUUCUGGUUUCAAAGGGCGAUGACUCGGAAGGUAGCACGUUAUCGCUGGCCGAGCUGGGACCGGUUUGUAUCGUAGUGACUGCUGGAUUUUGCCUGGCAGCACUGAUUUUUGUGGGUGAGUUGGGUAUUUAUUGGACUCGGAAAUGUAUGAACUUUUAAGGAUAACAAAAUAUGAUCAACAGUGUA